AUGCCUGCCCACGCAAUGUUUGACGGUGGCUUCGACUCGGACGACUCCGAGUUCUCUGAGACCGAUGUCUCCCUCCGCCGAGCAGGCCACCGGACCCAUAUCCACCAGCGCUCCGUCUCGCGGCACCGCCGCCCGGAACCAAGAGUGUUCCUAGAGCCCGUGCAGAACCGCAUCCACCGGUCGGCCUCAACUGGCAGCCGACGCCGCGAGCGUGAGCCACCCGCGCCAGCAGUGAUGAUCUUCAACGAACAAGGCCAGCGAUCGGAGAACCGCUCGGAGAACAAGCCCUCUACCCGAAAAGUGAGCCAUAAUCUCACCGAGCAACACGACCACAGACACAACCACUUCGAGGAUAUACCCGACACAUUGCCUGUCCCGGCCCGCCGCCAGCGGGCCGCCAGCAGUGUCUCGCGUGACCACUCCCCCUUCGGCCGUGACCAGGAACUCGUCAUGGGCCAGCAUCUGCUGGAGCACACCAAUAUCCGACAGGAUAUGGAUAUCUGGAAACACCAGAUGGAGAUCGAGCGGCUGGAGCGGGAGCUGCAGAAGACUCGUGAGAAGACGAGGGCUCGCGACCGCCAUAACCAUGAGCAGAAACAGGCUGUCGAGAAACAGGCUGUCGAGAAACAGGUUGUCGAGAAGCAGGUUAUCUUGGAUCGACAUGAUCCACAUGAGUCACGGUGGAUGAGAGAGGAGGCCGAGCUCUAUGAGGAGGAGCUUGCUGAGCGGUUGCGCAGACUGCAGCGGUAUGAGCGCAAGCAUCAGUCUGAAGAAGAGGAACGCAAGGCCGAGGAGCGGUAUCAGCUCAGGAAACUUGCGGCAGAUAAGAGGGCUGCUGAAGAAGAAAAAGAGGUUGAGCAUAAGCUCCAGGAGGAGAGACUGAAAGACAUCGCACGCAAGCAAGAUGAAUUGAGCCAGAGAGAGACGCUUAUGCGAGAGGAGAGAUGGAAGGAAAUCGCACGCCAGCAAGAUGAAAAGAGCCAGAGAGAGAUGCUUGUGCGAGAGGAGAAAUGGAAGGAGCUGGCCAGAGUCACAGAAGAGCAAGAGGAGAGAGCUAAGCUCGUGCGAGAGGAGAAGUGGAAAGAACUUGCCCGAGUGAAAGAGGAAGAGGAGGCGUUAGAGAAGAUUAGACAGCAGAUUCGAGACGAAGAUAUGCGGAAGGAAAGAGAGGCUGAGGAGAAGAGGAAGAAGGAACAGGCUAUGAAGGCGGCUGCUGUUGAGGAGUGGAAGCAAGAGCAAGAGCGAAUGAAGCAGAGAAUGGCAGAAGAGGCGAUGCGGAAAGCAAGGGAGUUCCGCGAGCAUCUUCGCAGCAUCGGUUAUACCGAGGAGGAGAUUGAUGCUAUCAUUCACAAGAAGAAGAAGGAGGAGAAGAAGGAUGAGAAGAAGAAAGAGGAGAAGAAGGAAGAGAAGAAGGAAGAGAAGAAGAAGGAGGAGAAGAAAGAGGAGAAGAAGGAAGAGCUCAAGGUGACAUGGAUCAAGGUGCAUCACAAGCAUUUGCUGCCAGAAACCUUGAUGGCAUACAAUCUGCCUUGGGACUGGGAUGAGUACGAUCCCAACUACAUCAUUAUCAAAAAAUGGAUCACCGUGGACACCCAAGAAGAGCUGUUUGCCCACACCCGACGUUUACGCGAGAACAAGAUCCUCGCGGAACAUUCUCACUCGAUGACCGAACUAAGAGUGAAUGACCGCAAUAAGGACAGGAUGUUCCUCGUCCGGAAGAAAGCCCCUAGAGACCGAGUGCGCAUCUUUUCAUAA